AUGGAAACGGGGAUCGGUGGAAGUGGAUCACUACCAAAACCAGGCUUCAAUGAUGUUUUAGCGAGGUAUAACGAAGACUCGUACCCAUCCAUGGUGACACCCAUCAUCAGAGGUGAGGGCCAACUACAUAUGGGCAGCUCUGGAGGGGAUGUCAUUGCCCAACUUAGCGGGCCAUUGGACAAAAGAAAGAAGGGCAACGUCCUUGGAUGGUUGGAUGUAGGCAUCAAUGAUGGAGGGACCACUCAUAGACAGCUAAAUGACGCUAAAGGUGGAGGGGCCAAUAGCCCAGGCGACACCACAGACAAAGAAUUCCUAGGCACUUGCACUGGUGGAAGAAGAUUAAAUGGUUAUGGCAGGAUGGGAAGCAAAGGUAUAGACAGUUCCUUGGGCAUGUUGGGUGACAUUGGUAGAGGAGAGGAGGUAGUAAGUGCUGAUUGUUGGCCGUGUGGGCAACGUCGUAUGAGCAAACCACAUAGGCGAUGCCAUGCAAGGCCUGCGUGA